AUGGAUUGGGGCAAUUUAACUUUAUCCGAACAAGAUGAGAGACUUUUCCCGGAAUGGUGGUUCCUCUCGCUCUCCAUCGUUCCAUUUGCUUGCAUUCUUGGCAAUUGUAUGGUCAUUGCAGCGGUUUGGACAACUCGAUCACUUCAAACACCCACCAAUCAUUUAUUGGUUUCGUUGGCGGUGGCUGAUUUGAUCGUUGGAGCUUUUGUUAUGCCGUUUAGCAUCUAUUUAUCGGUGAACGGCCUCCACUGGCAUCUCCCGCAAUUCAUCUGUCAUUUCUAUUGUGUCGUUGAUGUGGCCGCGAGUACGGCAUCGAUUGUUCAUUUGGUGCUGAUUAGUAUCGACAGAUUGGUGGCUGCCACAAAACCGGCCGAGUACAAGACGCCGAAACAUCGGAAACGUGUUCAUCUCUCGAUAGCGAUCACGUGGAUCUUCAGUAUUUGUAUGGCACUGCCACUAGGUACUGGCUUUAACACUCGUACCCGUCAUUUUUUACUCACUGAACACCAUUGUGGGAUCUACAAUCCGAUCUACAUGUUGAGCAGUAGCAUCUUUGCCUUUUAUCUUCCCUGUUUAAUAAUGCUGAUCACUUAUGGAUAUAUUUUCUAUACAUUGAGGAAAAGACUGAGAGCAAUUCAGUUACAAGAAAUGGCUGGCGGUCAAUUCUUGGGCUUCGGCGCCGAUGUGGGAAAUAUCACAACAGCUGCCAUGCAGAGUGUCAUUGGUAUUCCCGCCCAAAAACGCAACAUGAUCACCUGGGAGAAGCCGCUGCUGAGGAAAAUCGAGGAGACGGCGAUUGAGCACGCUAGUUCACUCAACGAUUCCGAGAGGGAACAGCUACAAACGAUUCUGGAAGCAGUCCAACCGUCAUCAACGGGAAGUCAAGAGAACUCGACGAUGGAGGACGAUCCAGAUAGGCCGCCAUCGGUCCUUCUCGAGGCUGUCACUCUUCCACAAGAUAUCGAAAGAGAUCGGGAAAGCACAUGUGGACCCGUGUUACAAGUGCCCAGGCCAGCAUAUGCAAAGAAUGUCUCUCGUCGUUUUUCCGACGCUGUUCAAAUGGGGAAAAGUGCUUUCGCGAAAAAGGGAGUCUCGUUUGGAAUCGCUCAAAAAAGACGACAUUCCGAGCAAAUUCGAAGAGAGUCAAUGGAAAAAGAAGAACAAUUGGGAAAUGAGAAAGAAAAAUCGACACUAAAGCCGCCAUUGGUGGAAAAGCGAAAGAUGAGGCGAUUGUCGGAAAUGAUUUCUGAUUGGGAAAGGCCAUCCAGAUCCUCUUUAUCACAUAUGUACAGUUUUGCGAGAAGAGAAUCCGUGUAUAUUGCGAGGAAGAAGCUAGCUGGCUUGAAGGAUUGGGCCCUCGACUUGCUAGCAAAACUGAAAAGCAAGCAAGGAAUGGCGAUUCGGCGAGAGACACGAGCAACAAAACUUGUCGCCACUGUCAUGGUCGUUUUCCUCGUUUGUUGGCUUCCUUUCUUCACAUUGAAUAUGGUAAAGAUCUACAAAUUAAUUCGAGAGGAUUGGUCAACUGAUUUGGAAUAUUGGUUUCAUUGGUUCACCGCUUUGGGAUAUCUAAAUUCGUCACUCAACUUUUUCAUCUAUUCAGCGAUCAAUCAAAAAUUCCGUCACUCUUUCCGUCGCCUUGUCGGCUUUCGUCGAUCACGAAGACUAAAGGAGAAAACGUGGAUGUUGCCAGCGAAGAAUGCCAACAAUAACGACUCAUCGCAACGUGGUGGAAUGAAAUAUUGUGGAUGUGGGGCAUUUCAUCGGAUAACGAAAAAGAGUCCGUUGAGAAGGGCUAGCUCAUGCGGUUCCGAGUCCAUUAGUAUUGAUGUUCAAGGCCUAGUGCUGAAGAGACUGUUGCACAAUCGAAAACAAUCGAUGCCAAAACCGGAGAUAAUUAUCGAUGAAAUAUCGAGACUCUCACCGGCAAGGAUAUCGAUUACAACUGGAGGACAGACGACUUUCAGACGUUCUUCGGAUGAUUCCCUUCGUCGUUCCUCCUCUGAGAUCAUCAGCCGGAUCUCUCUCCCUCCAUCGAACACCGGUCCUCAAGGGAUUUCCUCAUCCCGCCGUGGUUCUGGAAUGUCCGUCUCGUCGGCUUCUCUCCAAAUUCACGAGAUUCGUCAAGAGUUUAAUGCGCUUGUCGGCGAUCAGCAAGAUGUCGAGAUAUUUGUC